AUGGCAGGCUUAAACCUAAUGGGAGAAGAUGAUGAACUUCUUCUUGAUGAUGAAGUUGCUGGUGAUUCACCCGUUCCAGCAGAUCUCUGUCUUGUUGGACGUUUCCUUACGGAACAGCCGAUCAACUUUAAUCUGAUGCGGAGUCGAUUGGCCAGUAUAUGGCGUCCAGGGAAAGGGGUCUUUAUGAAAGAUAUUGGAGGAGGCAGAUUUAUCUUUCAGUUUUUCCAUGAAGUUGAUCUUGUUCGGGUGUAUGAAGGAGGACCGUGGGCUUUCGGAAAUUUUCCCUUGAUUCUACAUCGCCUGCACCGGGGGGAGUUUCCACUGUCCGUUCCGUUGGAUGUGCUACCAUUCUGGGUCAAAAUUCAUGAUCUUCCGGCGGGUUAUAUCACAGAGGGGAUAGGUAAAUUACUUGGAAACUUUAUCGGAAACUUCUUAGAAUAUGACUCAACCAAUUCUACUGGUGUUUGGCGACAAUAUAUGAGGAUUAGAGUGGGAAUUCGUGUCGAUGAACCUCUGAAAAGAUCCAAGAAAAUCAAAAGUAAAGAUGGAUCCACCUUUGUUGUUACCUUCAAGUAUGAGAGACUUAAUGUUUUCUGUUUCUUAUGUGGGCGGCUUGGUCACUCAGAGAAUUUUUGUGAGUUAAUGUUCAAUGAUGAGGUGAAGAAUAAGGAGCGGCAAUGGGGUGUGGGGCUGAAAGCGGCUGAUCGGCGCGGCCAGAAUCUCGCCGGGGAGAAAUGGAUUCGUACUGAUGGAGCAGGAGGAAACCCUAGUGGGGUGGCGGCGCCAACUAGGGUUUCGGAGAAUCCGCCUCAAACUGAUCCAAAAAGGAAGGAGCUAGUUUUACGGGAUCAACCUCUUUUGGUUUUGUCUUCCCGAGAAAUGCGUGAUCCUACCCCGCAAAAUCUGCCACGACAAAUAUUGAAGGAUAUCAGUUACACAAAUAACCAUCCGGAUUACAUGCAACUUUCUGAUCCUAGCGCGAUUAUUCUGGAUGAUCGGAAACGGAGACGUGGCGUUUCCUCUGAAAAUACGAGCACUACCCCAACAUCUGAGUCUUUUCUUGCUGGUUUUCCUGGAGAUGGACUGGAUGCUUCUACUUCUUUAUCGGCGGGCUUCGAGGACGGAGCCGGCCGGUCGCAAUGA